AUGCUGCUCCAACCUGCAGCACUUUUAUAAAACAAAACGCGUGAUUUCAAAAACUAAACCAGGCUUGAAAUUUUCAAUCAAGAAUAAUCCAUUAAUUGUUUUCUUUUUGGACAUUUUGACUUUUUUUUUUCUAGCAUCAAAUGUGGACUAUAUAAGACUUUGCAUUCAUCAAAUCUUAUUCAAACUGGAUAUAGACAAUUUUCAUAGACAGCACCAUUUUCUGGGAUUAAUUUUGAUGUAUUUUUGGUGAAUUAUUUUGGUAAUUUUGCAGAUUUUGGACAAAAACCCAAGACUGAAGAUGGGGACUGGAGGUAGACUGGUUUUGUUAGUGAGUUGGAUCCAGGUGUGGAGUUGCAUCCAGGCAUGGAAAGCAUCUCAACCCAGACUGCAGCUCACAUAUUCAGAGCUGCAGCAGAACGGCCGGAUCCUCACACUGACCCUAGAGGCUGGAGACGUGCACUCACUGCUCCCAGACGAAGACGGGAAGAAACUGUAUGUGGCCAUGAAAGACACUCUGCUGUCCACCAACCUGGAUGACAUCAGCCACGACCCACGCAAGCUGUUUUGGCCUGCAAGUCCAGACCGGGUUCAGGACUGUCUCAUGGCCGGGAAAGACCCUGAAACAGAGUGUGGUAACUUCCUGCGGGUGCUUCAGCCAUUUAACCAGACUCACGUGUACGUGUGUGGAACCGGAGCCUUCAACCCCAGAUGCGCUUAUAUACACACUGGACUGUUCCAACAGUCGGAGCAGCAAGUCCUGUCCUACAGUCAGACUGAAUGUGGCAAAGGAAAGUGUCCCUACGACCCUCUUCAGAAGACUGCCUCUGCUAUAGUGGAUGGGGAACUGUACGCUGGCAUCACCUCUGACUUCAUGAGUCGAGACUCCGCCUUUUUCCGUUCCCUUGGUAACCGUCGUGUGAUCCGCACCGAGCAGUACGACUCCAACUGGCUGCAAGAUGCUCAGUUCAUCCGUGUGUCUGCUCUGUCUGAGACUGAUAACCCGGAGGAUGAUAAGGUUUACAUGUUCUUCACUGAGCGUGCUCAGGAGUCCGAGGGGUCAGAGGGCAAGGUCAUUUACUCACGCGUUGCCCGGGUCUGCAAGAAUGACAUAGGCGGUCAGAGGAGCCUGGUGAACAAGUGGAGCACGUUUCAGAAGUCCAGACUGGUGUGCUCCGUCCCGGGACCAGACGGACUGCAGACCCAUUUCAACCAGCUGCAGGACAUCUUUAUUCUUCAUGGCAAAGACAAGAAGAACCCCCUGAUCUACGGCCUCUUCACCACCUCCAGUGACAUCCUGAACGGCUCGGCGGUCUGUGUGUACCGCAUGGAGGACGUGGUGCGGGUUUUCAAAGGGAACUUCCUCCAUAAAGAAGGACCUCAGUACAAGUGGGCCGAGUACACCGGACACAUCCCAUACCCACGACCAGGGACUUGUCCCAGCAGCACCUAUGGAAGCUACAGUUCAACUCGGGAGUAUCCUGAUGAUGUGAUCUUCUUCAGCCGCACCCACCCGCUGCUCCAGGAGAAUAUUAUGCCCAUUGGAGAGCGCCCCCUGUUGUUCAGAGUGGGAGUCCAUUACAAGUUCAGUAAACUGGUGGUGGACAGAGUGGAGGCUGUGGAUGGGACCUACGAUGUACUCUUCAUUGGGACAGACUCUGGUUUGGUGCUGAAAUCCAUCCACUUGCCCAAAGAACAUGGCCAGGGUCAGGAGGUCACUCUGGAGCAGAUGCAGGUUUUCCAGCACAAGUCUCCAGUGACGGCUAUGACACUCUCCAAGAAGAAGCAAUGGUUGUACGUGGGCUCCAGAGAAGGCGUAUCCCAGCUCUCCCUGUACCACUGUGAGAUGUACGGUCAGGCCUGUGCCGAGUGCUGUCUGGCCCGCGACCCAUACUGCACCUGGGAUGGACACGCUUGCAGCCCCUACAUGCCCACUGUGCGGAGGCGAAACGCUCGUCAUUUGGGAGAAGAGGAGGACCCGCUCACCCAAUGUGUCAGACAGGGAGCUGGUCUGCAGGUGGAGGCGGAGCAGCGUGUCAUGAUGGUUGCUGAGGGGAACAGCACGUAUCUGGAGUGUCUGCCCCGCUCCAGACAGGCCUCAGUCACAUGGUACAAACAGGCCGGAGAGAAUAGUCCUGAGCUCAACCAGGUGUCGUCAGGUGACCAGGUCCUAGUCUUCGAUCGCGGUGUUCUGAUUCGCCGUGCUGAACUAUCUCAUGGCGGGGUCUACCACUGUCAGGUGGAGGAACACGGCUAUCAUUGGACGGCAGUGACGGUCCGCCUCGCUGUGUGGAGCCCUUCAGCCAGUCGGAUCAGAGCGUCCCUGCCCUCCUCGACCUAUCAGAGCGCGGAGCCAUGGUACGAUGACGUCAUGGCGCUCGUCCACCCGGGGAACAUAGCGCAGCACUGUAAGGUGCUAGGAUUCAGGCCACCCAAAGGACACCGGAGACACAACAUAGGCUUUCUGAGGGAGAGGAGCCAGCACAGAGGAGGUCAGAGGUCAGCCGGGAGGAAGAGCAGGAGUAAGCCGCAACUCCGAGCACCCAGGAGCACUUGAACGCACGGCAGAUGUAAUGCCAGGGUCCUGAACGCAACACAGAGGAGAGUGAGAAACAUGUAUAGACAUUUAAAUUAAGACAAGCAUGUAUAAAAACACAGGCUCAGACUAUAGGCAAGUUCUAUGUUUUUCUUUCAUUUCCUUUUAAAGAACAUGAUUUUGGGCUGAGUCAGAUGAAAAAAAAAUCUUAGGCGGCAAGUCUAGACAUACAGUCAUAUAUUUUUUAUUUUUUAGGUCCUAAGGAGAUCAGAAAAAAAUCAUGUGGGUAAAUAAUUCUGUAUAUAGUUGAAAAAGAAAACUUGCAUAGUGAAAUAAAAAAGUGGGACCCUUGUUUAUUGGGUACUUUUUAUUUAUUUUAGUUAUUUAUUGAGGAGGCAGUCACAGGAGAAACAUUUUAAAGAUGUAACUUUGCUUUUCUCCCACCUCCUUGUCUUCAUGGCGAUGUUAUCACUUUGCCUGGAAUGUUCCCCAAUUGGUUAUUAAACUGAUCUAUCUCCAUAGAGACACCACAAAGCCAAUUUACAGACCAGAUCUGUGGUGAGUUGAGUCAGCUCAAAUACUCCAGGCAAAGGAAUGUCAUCUCCAUGGAAACAAGAAGGUAGUGGAUUUGCCGCCGGAAGAGUUACAUAGUACACCUUUAAGAAAUGCACUGUUCGAUUGCUUUAAAAUGAAAAUGGUAAGUAACAAAAGAUUAAUAUUGUGAAAUCAGUUUUGCUUAAAUUGUGUCUGUGGUCCUAAUUGAUUUGCAAACUUCCUUCAAAGGUUUGUGUGGACAAGCUACAAUCCAUAAAUCUUUUAAUUUCUUAGUAACUAAAUUUAACAUAGUCUCACAUAUUUCUGGAUAAUCAAACACAAACCCAUACUUUCAUAACAACUUCAAUGCAAUGGCCCACUUUCCAAACACUGUAUAAAGAAUUAUAAAAAAAAAAAAAAAGUAACCCAACCAUGUUUAUUUAUUAAAAAUAGCUGUACAUAUUUCAUUUUUUAUCCUAUUUUCUGAGCCUGGUAGUGUUCCAUUCACGCUUCCUCUCAUCUGUACAAAGACCCAACAUUGGACUGCUCCUGUCUCAUUACGAAGACAAAAUGAUCUACAGCAGCGGAUAGUGACAUUUUGGAAGCGCUUUUCUUUGGACUAAACAAAGGAGGAGUCUCGCAUGGAUCUGCUACUUUCACACAAGACAUUUCAAGCCACCUUUUUGUAACGAUUUCUGCCUCUGAGCUUGUUAUUUUGGUCUAUUAAGCAUCACCGAACACACAGCUCUCUCCAGAUGUUGUCAGAUUGAUUUUCGUAGCUUGAGGCAGACAUUGAAAACAUGAUUUAAUCCAUCACGGACAACUACUGUGCCAAAGUUUUUCUCUCUCAAGGACGAGCUGAAAGUGUACAGGGCUGCGGAGAGGGCUAAUGAGAAAGUGUGGUACCUAAGAUGGAGUGGGUCUGUGGGUUUUAGUGCAUGCCCUUGUACAAAAAGACUAUAUUGGAAGAGCAAGCAUUUUAAGAAAAGAAGGCGGAUAAAAAAAAGUUAUGUUUUUCUCAAAAAUCUGGUGAGACUCCAAAAUUACAGUUAUAUACAUUACCAUUUUUGAAGUGUUAAUUUUACAAGGGGCUCUAUAUACAGCUCAACAGUGAACGCCCAGCCCCUGAAUCUGGAAGACCUCUUAAUAUUUAAAUUAAAAGUUUAUGGAAAUCGGAGUGGACUUCAAAGUGGGUGUGACUAUUAAGCUCCAUAUAGAACUGGUUCAUGAAUACAUUUGAGAGACAUUCAAAGCAGUGUUCAUUUUGGCAACUUAAAUAUUUCAUCAAAAUUUUCGUCAUAUAAAAUAUCAAAGUAUGACUAAAGACAGAUAUAUUUGUUUAGUCAUUUAUUUAUGUUUGGUUUUAUUAUUAAAGACAAGAUAUAAGUUCUACUUUUAAAUCUCAGAGCCCCAAACCAGACCAACAAAUGUCCAAAGAUCAGGUUCCAUGAGGCAAAGUAGUACCAUUUAUUAGAGUUAAAAUAAAAAAAUAAAUUUUCUGGUUGAUUAAAACUAUCAUGAAUUUAGCUGAGUACCGUAAUUUAGCGUGUUGUUUUUUUUGUUGUUUUUUUUUGGAAGUUUGUUCAAAAAAAACAAACUAAAUAAAUACAGUUUUUUUUUUUGACAAAAUGAGUAAAGAGUAAAGAGCCACUUGUAAAUAUAAAAUUGACUGUACAUACGUGCUUGUUCAGACACUAUCUUCACCAGCAUUAUUAAGCAGCCAACCUGAUAGGACAGAAUCAUGUUGUGGCCUGUCAGAUUUACACAUUUUUGUUACUAAGUUCUUGGUUGAUAUUAACCACAAAUAUACAAAGAACGCUUAAUGUUCUUGUUAGCUUACACUGUUCUCAGCCAUCUUUGUAAAUACUUUCCUGUUCAAAAAACAAAACAUCUAAACAAAAUAAGUGCCAUCAUGUUGGUCUGAAAAAAGUGGAUGAAUUGGUGCCAAAUCUACAUUGCUGGAGUCUUCCUGUUGCAUGAGAUUGGUAUAACUAGUAUGUUAACUGUGAUUGCAGGGUCUAAACCAGGACUUAACCAGACUGAAGUAUAACAUGUACUACAAGUGCGCUAAAUCAGGGUUUGAACCAACAUAAGACAAAACCAGGAAAUAAAUGGACUAAUCUAAAUCUGUCUAAAGUAGGUAUGAAUCCAAACUAAACCAGGCUAAGCUAAAACUAAACCAAAUCUUACCUCAGACUAGUUCAGGUAUGCAACACCUCUAAACCAGACUAAUGUAGACCUGCAUCAGAUAUGUACCAGAACUCAACCAGGACUAAACAGGUCAAAGCCAUAUUCAAAACUAGAACUAAACCAGGGCGGACCUAUGUAAUGUCAACCCAGAUAUUUCAAAAACUGUGUGUGGCCCUAAAGUUAAUGGUUUGAAAACUUUCCGCAUUCAUACUUGUAAAAUGCCAUACCACAUCCACUAUAAUAUGGACUACUAAGUGUUGUCUUUGGAAUGAACUGUAAUGGUUUGUAAAUACUGCAUGCUUCUCAAACGGUGAACCGCGGACCACUUUAAAACAAUAUAAAUCAGCUGGACAAUGGCCUGGACUGGACUGUAAGUUAUGAAUCAGGUCUUAAGAUGUGUGAGAAAAAGGACUGUAAUGUUGAAAGAUGUACAUAUUCGUUCUUGAUGUUAUAAUAUUAAACCAAUUCCAACUUA